AUGGGAAAGGGUGACAGGGAGAAGGAAGCGAAGCGCCGACGACGCGGCCGCAGCAGCAAGAGAUCGCGCAAUGCCACACCCUCUUCGGACUCUGAUUCUUCCCCUUCGCCGGACUCCUCUCCUAGCCGCAGCCCUGGGCCCCGGAGUCGCAGUAACAGCAAACCUGAAAAGUCGUCCUCUUCUCGUCGCCGCCGCCAUCACCAUAAGAACAGCGGCCGCUCACGCAGUUCCCGGGACGAUGAUAGACAUCGUCACCGGCAGAGGCGCCGGGAUGAGCGUGCCCGUCACAGCAGCGAUGGCAGCGACCUGUCGGGAUCAGGCUCAGAUGAUUCAGGAUGGAUGGAGGAGGCGCAGGAAAUCGUCCGUGGCAUUCUCAGUGAAUUCCCUGCCAUCACCAGCGAGCUUCGUCAGCUUCUCCAAAUGAUAGAUAGUGGUGAAGGCAUUGAUAUUUCCGGAAUUUCUGACAAGCCAUUGGUGAAGCGUUUGAAGAAACUUUUCAGAUCCCUGAAAUUGAAAGAAAGUGCAAAUGGAGCUUACUUGCUUUCAGCAAAAGGUGUUCCUACCCUUGAUGUUGUUGGACCAGUAUUAGAAGCAAGUGCCAAACAUGGAAAUGAUCCAAAUGAAACUGUGGCACAAAAUAGACAACAAGUACCGUUGCCUAACUUUGACGUACAAAAUAAAGAUGACAUCCCUCCUGAAGAUGGAGGAAAAGUUGACCGGGAAGAGGACACCCCUAUAAAGAGGGUAAUUGGUCCUGCAAUGCCAUCACGUGAAUUACUAGCUGCAGCAGCCGAAAUGACAGAGGCUCUUAGGUGCCGGGAUGCUGAAUUGGAAGCUGAUGAUGGAUUUCUUAUAGGUCCUCCACCACCAGCCAUGGUCGCUGAAGCUGCAUCUGCAAAUGAAGCCGAGCGAUUUGAAGAGGUUACUCGAAUAUUGGGCGCUGAUGCAGAUGCACUCUAUGAUGUUCUGGGCAUAAAUUGGAAGAUGUCGUCUGAUAACAUCAAGAAAAGGUAUUGGAAGCUAUCUCUUUUAGUGCAUCCGGACAAGUGCCCUCAUCCUUCAGCACAGGAGGCUUUUGUGAAAUUGAACAAUGCCUUUAAAGACUUACAAGACCCUCAAAAGAGAGGCGCAAUAGAUGAGAAGAUACAAAAGAAAGAAGAGAUGGAACAAUUCGAGGUUGAGCUUAAAGCAAUGCGCGAGGCUGCAGAAUGGAGACGAUUACAAGGUAUAUCUCUUGAAGGCGAUGAAGAACUUUUGGCAGUUCCGAAACAGCCAGAGGCACCACCUACACGAGACGAAUGGAUGACUACAUUGCCACCUGAAAGAAAAGCUGGAGUACCAAUGCAUUCAACUACGGCAUUUAGCAUGAAUGGCAAAGAAGGACGUGGUGACACAAGUGCAUGGACAGAUAGUCCACUUGAUAGAGCCCAGAAAGCACAGCAGAACUACUUAGAAGCCUACAACAAAGCAAAGGCAAUUGCAGAUGGACAUGAAGAGCAGGGCAAAAGCGCAAAUGCUUCUCUUGUGGAUAAAUACAACUCCUCCAAGCGGUCGGUAUCUCUUGUGCAGAAGCACCGAGAGAGCAAAAAGGAGAAAAAAAAGCAGAAGCAACAACGAGGGAAGGAAGAAUGGGAGGAGAACCACCCAUGGAAGCCGUGGGACCGUGAGAAAGACUUGACCGCUGGGCGGCAAAAUGUGGCUUUGGAUCCAGAGAACACGGCACAAGGAUUGUCGUCCCGUUUCUCAUCUGGAGCUGUGCAGAGGAACUUCCUGUGA